CCACUCAUCGAAGGAAUCUCUUGAUAUCCUCUGAAAUUCUCGUUUCUAUCUAUUUUCAAUCGAAAGAUUCGCAAGUUCGCGUCGUCGAUCGUUGGCUCUCCAGGAUUUCCUGCGACGAGAAGAGCGCGACGGGUGAUCGGCGUUGCUUAUCGAUACGAAAAUCGGAUUAAAAGUCCGGAUUAAUAGACAACGAUUCAAGCGAAACCGUGCAAGAUUAUCGUCUUGAAGAAUCUCAGAUGAGACGGCGAAUGAUUGGAAGAGCUUCAAGGAUUGAAUUUACGGAGAGAUGCGAUUUUCUAAGCUUGCAAUUUCCUCCGCGUUAAAAUCUCUAUUAGAAAAAAUUCGAGGAAUUACAGAAUCUCAAAAUAUUUGGAGAUUUUUACAAUAACUGUAUCGUAAAAGUGACUGUUAAAAUUGGCUGUGAAUACAACUGUUCGGAAUUUUCACGCUACAUGUAGAAUAUCUUGUUGAUCCUAUUUUAAUUAUUCUUCUUGAAAACGUUGCUGCAAAUAUUGCAAAAAAAUAUUGAACAUGCAAGAAUCAUUAUACAAGAAUUUUUAUACAAGUAGCAACAACAAGUUAUUGUAUACCUUUUAGAACGUGAAGACAAAAGUGCAACGAACUGAGACUGCGUAAACGUAAUGUAAUGAGCAUUCUGUAGAUGACAGAAGAAAUUUCUAUCCAUCUUCUUUGGAUCCAUAGUGCCAAUCUAUAUAAACUUGAAAAAUAUAUAUAUUAUAAAAAUAUAUAUAUAUAUAUAUAUAUACAUAAGUGAUUAUACAAUACGAUUGAUGCUAAUAUUUUAAACUGAACAAAAAUAAUCACGCAUGAGAAAAGUAAGAAUUGAAAUCGACAUAUUUUAAAAAGAAGUUACGGAUGAUUUACAUCGGAUUAUAGUUGAUGUGAAUGUCAGUUGUCUGCAUUGAUAAAGUCAGGCCAUUGUGACUGUAUACUGGAUACUAUACUUCAUUAUAGUAACGCUUUACGUCACAUUAAGAUAAGUUCUUCGACGAAAUUGAGGAAACAAUAAAUAAGUGGAAAGUCCCGAAAACCACGUAUCUUCCUAAAACCACAUAUCGUAAUCAUGUUGGCGGAUAACUGGCAGAACGAUACUUUAUUAACUUUUGCGUUUAAUAAGACGAUGAUGAUGACUAACAUAGGGACAAGUGUUGCGCGAAAGAGACAUGUAACUUUUGUAUCUCAGCUUAUAUUGACCCUCGUCUACAUAACCGGUGUCAUUGGUAACGUGUCUGCCCUGGUAAUACUUUUCCAUCGGGACAAGAGAAGAAAUCGCAAGCACCUGUUGAUGCUGCGUUGUCUGGCAACCAACGAUCUUGUGGCGUUAUUGGGGAUGUUGGUACAGAUGUAUGUUACAAUUUAUGCGGACGGUGUGACAUCCACAAGAAUAUUUUGUUCUCUGCGGGUAGUUUGGCGACUUUUUGGUCUCUUCAGCGGCUGCGUCGCCAUCGUCAUGGCGGCGGAGAGGUGGUUAGCUUUGACGAGACCUUUUGUUUACCAAAAGCAGGUGACGUAUCCGGUAAUUGUGCGUUGUAUGUUGGCGCUUUGGUUGGUCGCAUUGGCAAUGACUAGUCUUCCAGUUAUGGGCUUCGGAUUAUAUUAUAAAGGCGAACAAUGCAUGCGUUACCGAGAGGCUACCGAGCCGAGUGAUAUCGCUUAUGCUUAUGUAUGGUUCGUUUUUGGUACUCUUUUGUGUUUGUCCAUUGUCUGGUGCAACUUGGCGGUUUCUAGGGCCUUGAGUAAACUGAGUCGUCGUACAAUUGCCCUUAGGAGAAUCUCCAGAGCUUCAUCAAGAGCGAAACCUUUGCUGACCGUAGCCAGACCAGUAAAUCAACCGGAAAUGGUUGCUACGACUGAAGAAAGAGCAUUCGCAAGGCUUAUGGCUGUAUUAUCGAUAUCAUUCGUUAUCUGCUGGAUGCCACAAAUGAUUUCUAUUCCAUUGGCUCAAUUCGCGCUGCAGUUACCUAAAACGGCGGUCACUGUACGGAAAUGCAUUCGCAUCUUCCAUGUCGUAGCCGAUAUUCUUUUAUGCAUUCACUUUACCCUGGAUCCAUAUAUUUACGUACUUUUGCGAGUGCCACGGCCAAGAUUUCGAUUGUUGAAGCCCCUCUGUAGGAUCUGCUGGCCGGAUCGAAGCCGCUCCAAUUCUUUUACAGGCACGACGGAUCACCAAUGUAGCACCGGGGGUCCACCCACGCCGAUCACUGAGGCUCCAUCGACCCCUGUCAGCGAAGAGCACGAUUCGCAUCUGGUUACAGCAUCUCUCUGAGAUCGGCCUAUGCAAAUGAUCUUCCUAAAACGACUGAAAAAUCACGAUGUAAUCCGCAUGUAAGCAUUUGAAUCGCUUCGAAACUGGGGAGACAUUCGACCAAUUUUUGAUUGACUCCGUUCAUUUGCAUGAGGCAAGUGAAAGUGAUGUUGAUAUUUUGUACACGAAAAAUUUGAUCAAAAUUUGAUUUAAAAAAGAGAAUUUUUAUUUGUAAAUAAGAAAUAUGAUAUAUACUGCUUGAAUAUGUUUGUUUAUAUACGUAAGCUUCUAGUCAGUAACGAGAGCGCGAGAAUGAAUGACGUAAUCCAAUUAAACGCCGAAAACCAAAGUGUAACCAUGCCUGAUUAAGAAAUAUUUUUUUAAUACUAAAAAUUUAAAAUAUAUAGAAUACAAAUAUAAAUCUCAAUAUUAUGAAGGAUUUUGAAAAAAAAAUGCAGAAAAGUUUACGAGAUAUAAAGUUCAUAUACGUUCUUACAUAUAAGUUUAGUUUAGAAUAUAAAAUAAAAAGAUAAUUUUUUAAAGAUUUAUGUCAAUCACAUGUAUUUAAAAUAUUGUAGAAUCUUGGACGCAAUGUACCAUAAGAGAGGUCUAUUCUACAUACCUCUUAUACUAUAUACCGUAUUGUGUGUGCAAUUGCAACCUAGAGCGUAGGAAUGUUGUCAGUAUAUUUUUAAACGACUUUAUUUUAAACGAAUAUCGUUAUUUGUACAUAAUAUCAUGCAUACAUAUGUUAAUGUAUUUUAUGUAUACCGCGCAACGUCGCGUAACACUUGCGCGUUUAACAACUUUCAAAUAAACGUUAAUCCAAAAUUA